AGAGAAAACAAAAUCCAACAAAGACAAGGCAAAUUUCCUUUCUCUCUCCCAAUAAAACCAGGCAAUUUUCCAGAAAAAACCAGGAGUAGAAGAAUUCAAGAGGUAUGAUGACGGACUUCAUUUGGUGAUAAACGAACUUGAGGACGAUGGUGGGUUCGAUUAGUCAUGGAGUCAAACCAGAUUCUGUCAUUGCGGACCAUCCCAACUGAUCCCGAACAUGUGAAGGUCAUUCAGUGGGAGGACUUCCAGCACGAUCUUGCGAGGUUGGUGAGUCUCUCUUCCACAUUGGACGAAUCCAAGGAGAAGAAGCGCAACCUUCACCACAAGCUCGAGUCUCUCAUCCAGGUCAAUGUUGAAUCAUUAGGUCAAUUGAAUGAACUUGAGGAGAUGCGUCAGAAAUUGGAAUCAAAGAAAGUGGUUAUGGAAAAUAUGUCUAUACGUUAUAGGCUGGCUAAGGAGGAUGCUAACAAACAGGAGGAGCAGCUUAGUGGUGCAGUGCAAUCACUUCUGGUUGCAGGGGGUGCUCUUUCUGUAUGCAGCAGCAACCUCCAAGAAUCAAGUAGAUUUUUGUAUGAUGAAAAUGGUUAUGUUCAUAUGAGAAAACUUCAAAAGAUGUUGAGGAGGAGGCAACAACAUAUGGUAUCUCAAAUUUCAAUGCUGUAUCCUAUGAAGAUCUUGGUUGGGCCAGCACAAGAGCAAGAGCUUGAGGCUUAUCCUUCAAGUAACCUGGCAGCUAUUAAAAAGAUGAUCGUUGGAGUUUUGUUGAUUCUGAGAGAUUUGAUUCUUCAUCAGCAUCUUCAUAAGGAAGGUUUUGAUAAUCUUUUUAAGUUGAUCUUCAAAUCUUCGCUUGAAGUUUUUUUACCAUCAAAUAUAUUCUUUGAAGCUUUAAUCCCUUUCUUCCUUCGAAUCAGAGAGAACUUGAUUUAGAAACCUUUGAUUUUA